CUUUUCCGGAGCAGGAGUCGCGUCCUCUCGGCUGGAGGGGGCCACCUGUCCGGGAGCAGAAGUAGCAGGACAGGGUGGGGAGACUUGUGCCGGCCACUAUCUGAGCCCGAAUCCUGGGACACCUGCUAGCGAGAAGUGCCCCUUGCUCUAGCAGCACCGAGUUGGGAACCCGGGCGGGCAGAAGCAUGUGCGGGAGCAGGUAGAAGAUUUGUGGGGCAGCCCAGAGAGCUUUCCAAGUGUCAAUCAGGCAAGAUAACGGUUUCUGGGACCAUGGCUACCUCCCGCUUGGACUUCGGGGAGGUGGAAACUUUCCUGGAUAGGCACCCCGAUUUGCUGGAAGAUUACUUGCUGCGGAAGGGGAAGCAGGAGAUGGUGGAGAAGUGGCUGCAGAGGCACAGUCCGGAUCAGGGCGCUAGAAACCCCAGGCCCGCAUUGGCUGCCACCAGCAGCUUGGCCCAGGGCGCUGUCAGUGGACCCCCUGGCUCUGCCAAUAGCCAGCCCGCGCUCGGUGGCCGGGACUGCGUUGCGGGGGUCCCCACGAGUCCCAACUGGGCCGGGGGCAGCCGGGACACUGAGAACAUGCAGCGGAGGGCUUCUCAGAAAGAGCUCAGGAAGAGUUUUGCUCGCUCCAAGGCCAUCCACGCCAACAGGACCUACGACGAGCAGGUGACCUCGCGGGCGCAGGAGCCCCUGAGCAGUGUCCGUCGGAGGGCGCUGCUCCGGAAAGCCAGCUCCUUGCCCCCCACAACAGCCCACAUUCUCAGUGCCCUGCUGGAAUCGAGGGUCAACCUGCCUCAGUACCCCCCGACGGCCAUGGACUACAAGUGCCACCUGAAAAAGCACAACGAGCGUCAGUUCUUCCUGGAGCUGGUCAAGGAUAUCUCCAAUGACCUUGACCUGACCAGCCUGAGCUACAAGAUCCUCAUCUUUGUCUGCCUCAUGGUAGAUGCUGACCGCUGCUCUCUCUUCCUGGUGGAGGGGGCAGCUGCUGGCAAGAAGAGCUUGGUUUCCAAGUUCUUCGACGUGCACGCGGGAACCCCCUUGCUGCCCUGCAGUAGCACAGAGAACUCAAACGAGGUGCAGGUCCCCUGGGGCAAAGGCAUCAUUGGCUAUGUUGGGGAGCACGGAGAGACGGUCAACAUUCCUGAUGCCUACCAGGACCGAAGAUUCAAUGAUGAAAUUGACAAGUUAACUGGAUACAAGACAAAGUCACUCUUAUGCAUGCCUAUUCGAAGUAGUGAUGGUGAAAUUAUCGGUGUUGCCCAAGCAAUAAAUAAAGUUCCUGAAGGUGCACCAUUUACCGAAGAUGAUGAGAAAGUGAUGCAGAUGUAUCUUCCGUUUUGUGGAAUUGCCAUAUCUAAUGCUCAGCUCUUUGCUGCCUCAAGGAAAGAAUAUGAACGAAGCCGGGCUUUGCUAGAGGUGGUUAAUGAUCUCUUUGAGGAACAGACUGACCUGGAGAAAAUUGUCAAGAAAAUAAUGCAUCGAGCUCAAACUCUGCUGAAAUGUGAACGCUGUUCUGUUUUACUCCUAGAGGAUAUUGAAUCACCAGUGGUGAAAUUUACCAAGUCCUUUGAAUUGAUGUCCCCAAAGUGCAGUGCUGAUGCUGAGAACAGUUUCAGAGAUAGCAUGGAGAAAUCAUCCUACUCUGACUGGCUGAUAAAUAACAGUAUUGCUGAGCUGGUGGCUUCCACAGGUCUCCCGGUGAACAUCAGUGAUGCCUACCAGGACCCACGCUUUGAUGCCGAGGCUGAUCAGAUAUCUGGUUUUCACAUAAGAUCUGUUCUCUGCGUCCCUAUUUGGAAUAGCAACCACCAAAUAAUUGGAGUGGCUCAAGUUCUAAAUAGGCUUGAUGGAAAACCAUUUGAUGAUGCAGAUCAACGUCUCUUUGAGGCUUUUGUCAUCUUUUGUGGUCUUGGCAUCAACAACACAAUUAUGUAUGAUCAAGUGAAGAAAUCCUGGGCCAAGCAGUCUGUGGCUCUUGAUGUGCUGUCAUACCAUGCAACCUGUUCAAAAGCUGAAGUUGACAAGUUCAAGGCAGCCAACAUCCCCCUGGUGUCAGAACUUGCCAUCGAUGACAUACACUUUGAUGACUUUUCUCUUGACGUUGAUGCCAUGAUCACAGCUGCUCUUCGGAUGUUCAUGGAGCUGGGGAUGGUGCAGAAGUUUAAAAUUGACUAUGAGACUCUGUGUAGGUGGCUUUUGACUGUGAGGAAAAAUUAUCGAAUGGUUCUGUACCACAAUUGGAGACACGCCUUCAACGUGUGCCAACUAAUGUUUGCGAUGUUAACUACCGCAGGAUUUCAAGAGAUUCUGACUGAGGUGGAAAUUUUAGCCGUAAUUGUGGGCUGCCUGUGUCAUGACCUCGACCACAGGGGAACCAACAAUGCCUUCCAAGCGAAGAGCGGUUCUGCACUGGCCCAGCUAUACGGAACCUCUGCUACUUUGGAGCAUCACCACUUUAACCAUGCUGUGAUGAUCCUUCAAAGCGAGGGUCACAACAUUUUUGCUAAUCUGUCCUCCAAGGAAUAUAGUGGCCUUAUGCAGCUUUUGAAACAGUCAAUAUUGGCAACAGACCUCACGCUGUACUUUGAGAGAAGAACUGAAUUCUUUGAACUUGUCAGUAAAGGAGAAUAUGAUUGGAACAUCAAAAACCAUCGUGACAUUUUUCGAUCAAUGUUAAUGACAGCCUGUGACCUUGGAGCCGUGACCAAACCGUGGGAGAUCUCCAGACAGGUGGCUGAACUUGUAACCAGUGAGUUCUUCGAGCAAGGAGAUCGGGAAAGAUCAGAACUCAAACUCACUCCUUCUGCUAUUUUUGAUCGGAACCGAAAAGAUGAAUUGCCUCGCUUGCAACUGGAGUGGAUCGAUAGUAUCUGCAUGCCCUUGUAUCAGGCCUUGGUGAAGAUCAAUGUGAAGCUGAAGCCGAUGCUGGAUUCAGUGGCUGCCAACAGAAAUAAAUGGGAAGAGCUGCACCAGAAGAAACUGCUCACGCCUGUGGCCUCUGCCUCCCCUGCCAGCCUCGUAGUGCCUGAGGAUGAUAGAAAUCAAACUUCAAACUCAACUGCUGCCACCGAAUAACUGUGUUCUGAAUUCAGGACCAGCCUGGG